ACGGUGGUCGUUGUUUGGUUCGGUCUUUCGCUUGAUUUCGCAUUGUGCAUCAAUCAAUUAGUGUGCGGUUCGGUUGUGAUAAGUGAUUUGCACGUGACUUACAGUGAUAUUCUUUACUUAAAAAUCCUUAGAAGACAUUCUAUAAAAAAACAUCAACAACAAAAAGAAGCUUCGCAGAAUGGAUCAAACGAUGGACAACUGUCGGAUUCUGGUCGACGUCGACUGCAGUCGCUACGAAAAUGACGCCUUCUCGCUGCUGGACAAGUCCGCCGAGGUCAACGUGGUUUCCGAUCUCAAGUCGUCCACGGUUUCGGCCUUCGAUCAGACGAGUUUCUCGCACCUUAGCUCCUCUUCGCGUACUCAGCUGAAGCAGCAGCUCCUGCGUGAGCAGGUCAAGAGCUACGACACGGAAAGGAGCCCAUUGUACUCACCGUCGGUUUUCUCCGUUAAACUUCCGCUGGAGAACAUGGACAUUGAUCUUCCGAAGAAGGUUCUCCAGGUGGAAACUCGCCUGGAGAAUCCCACCCGGUACCACGUGAUCCAAAAGCAGAAGACACAGGUCCGCGAGUACGUUACGGCCGCACUCAAGCUUACCAAGCAAACGGUGCUCCGCGAGGCAAAGCAUUCCCGUCUGCUGAUCCUGAUCAAGCUGUACGAUUCGUUCAUCAACACCAAACCAGCAGCGGCUACGGCUGGGCCCAGUGGUGGUGGUGACAUUGCCGGAGGCAGUGGCAGUGGUGGAUUUACCCAAGCAUCAAGUUCUUCGGCGAGCGUGGUGGCCAACACGCUCGAACAGCAGCAGGACUGGCGUCUGGAGAUGAAACUGUCGGCUCGCUUUGGGAACCGCAUCUACCAGUCGUUCAUCGACGAGUUCGACUACAUCCGGGAUCUGCUGUGCUUGAUCCGUUUCGAGAUCCCCAAGUGGGUCUUUGUGGUGACGGAGUUCGAGAGUGAGAUUUCUUCGUUCCAGAACACCAAGGCCACCGCCGGGGUCGAGGAACUGCUGAUCAAGCAGACCUUGGCCGCGGAGAAGAACUCCAAGCAUGAGAAGUUCAUCGAGCCGGAGGUGAGAGACCGCAUCAAGAAGGACAAUCACAAUUGCAGUAGGUAUCGGGGUAGAGUGGGGAUGGGAUGAAUGGGUUUUCCCCUUGGUGUUGAUUUGGUAGGUCGUUUAGGUUUAAGAUUUAUUUAUAUUAUAGUCGUUUCCUAUGGUUCUGCACAUCAAAUUAUAUCUGCACAUAUUAUGAAUAUAUUUAUUCUAUAAUCUAAUCCUUUUGACCAACUAAUCAAUAACAUUACUUCGAUCAGAUUUCCAAAGUAUUUUAUCUAGGUUUUCAGGAAGCCACAGGAAGAACUGCUGAGUUCUUGCAACUAUGGGACUGGUGUCUAAUGAAUGACAUUUGGAGCCUGCUGGAUUUUGGUUGAGCGGUCUACACAAAACCGGAACACGGCAUAUUGUUUUUUCUUAUUUAUUUUUUCAUUAGUAUCUGUUACACCACGUAGAUGAAAGUCUGUGAGGUUAAUUCACCCAAGCACCUACGUAUCCAACCUUGUGGACAUGGCUAUGGACCGUACACCGUGUUGUCUCAGAAAUCCCAACGACUGUGACUGAGAUUGAACCCAGACUCAACCGGGAGAGCAACAGUCACGCUUAUCAUUCACCUAUCGAUGCGACGCAGUUAACGAAUUGCUUUAAAACUUUUUCAUUUUGGACGAGUACUUUUUUUUCCUUGGAUUUUUUUUCCGUCGAUCUUGUUUUCCGUGCUGAGCACCAAUGCUACCGACGUGCCAGGAAGGCAGCACCCACACCUGG